AACAAAGGUAAUCUCCAUAAUAACAUCUGGCAACCCUUUUGUUUUCUGUCAAAUUUGGACUUCGAACCUCUCUCGCUCAAAGUUAGAUUUUAUUUUGUUUUUACUAAUUAGAAACGUUAGUUUCAUAAGUUUUAAUUAGUCAAUUUAAUAUUAAUUAAAUAAAAUGUCCCGUGUGUUAGUUGGUGUAAAGAGAGUUAUCGACUAUGCCGUGAAAGUUCGCGUUAAGCCCGACAAGAGUGGUGUGGUGACCGAUGGGGUGAAGCACUCUAUGAACCCAUUUGAUGAGAUCGCCGUGGAAGAGGCUGUGAGGAUGAAGGAGAAGAAACUGGCCAGCGAAGUCAUUGCUGUGUCCUGUGGCCCGGCGCAGGCUCAGGAAACCCUCAGAACAGCCCUGGCAAUGGGUGCUGACAGAGCCAUCCACGUGGAAAUCAGUGGGCCAGAAUAUGAGACCUUGCAGCCGCUCCAUGUUGCUAAGAUUCUGUCCAAACUAACACAGGAUGAGAAAGCUGACCUAGUCAUAGUAGGAAAACAAGCCAUCGAUGAUGACUCAAAUCAGACCGCACAAAUGACAGCUGCUUUGCUUGACUGGCCACAAGGCACUUUCGCAUCUAAGAUAGAAAAAACUGACGCUGGAUUGACUGUGACGCGCGAGAUUGACGGCGGGCUGGAGACCAUCAAGACCAAGCUGCCGGCCGUCGUCAGCGCGGACCUGCGGCUCAACGAGCCCCGGUACGCCACUCUGCCCAACAUCAUGAAAGCCAAAAAGAAGCCCCUAAAGAAAGUAACAGCCAAAGACCUCGGCGUAGACCUGGCCCCCCGCAUCAAGGUGGUGUCUGUGGAGGACCCCCCGCAGCGCCAGGCCGGCAGCGUCGUCCCCGAUGUCGACACUCUCGUCGCCAAACUAAAGGAAGGCGGUCAUGUUUGAUUUUUCUAAUUCGAAUGUACACUCCAUUUUUUCUUACGAGUUAUAUAGAUGUUGCAUAGAUAUGUUUUUAAAAUGGUGGCUCUGCCGCAGAAUACAACAUAAAAAAUCUUAAUAAUUAAAAAUAAAAUUGAUCACACAACUUAACAAUGUGCAAAAGGCAGCUAUAUCACUGUAAGCAAUUUCUUCCAGUUUGCUGAAAACAAUAUUACAGCACUAAACCAAAUAUUUGUUCAAACCUAUACAUUCUAAUGUAAAACAUCUAUUAACCCCGAAAGUAGUCAAAUUAUAAAAAUACAUGGUAGUAGUGUUUACAGUGUAAGGCUUGUAUGAAAAAAUGAAGUUUAGAACCCUUGUAUAUGAUUUUUACCAUUUUGUAUGAGAGAUUUUGAUGUAAAUGAUAAGCGAUCAUGUAGAUACGUUGUUGAAUAUAUACUUAUACAUGUU